AUGGUUCAACAAAAACAAGUACUCAAAUUAUAUAAAAAUCUAUUAGAAAAAGCUUAUAAAUUUGAUAAUUACAAUUUUAGGGAAUAUGCUAAAAGAAGAAUACAUGAUAGUUUUAAAGAACAUAAAUCAUUAACUAAACCUGAAGAAAUUGCACAAUUUUAUAAUAAUGGUAUAAAUAAUUUAGCAUUAUUAACUAGACAAUCAACAAUUUCACAAAUGUAUACUUUUGAUAAAUUGGUUGUUGAACCUUUAAAACAACACAAAUAA